AUGUCAAAUCCUACUGAAAAGGAAUUAAAUCCAUAUAUUCCGAAGUUUAUAAUUUCAAAACCAUGGUAUAAUGAGGAGAAACAAUCCGAAGAAAAAGUAGACGAAGAACAACCUAAAGACUAUUUAUCACAUCAAAGGAAAACAUCAGAAAUUAUUGAUCAUAGUCUACCUAAAAUUGGAGAAGGUAUUAAAGACGAAUUUACUGGUAGUGUUAGAACUUCGACUGAAGAUAAUGCAAAUUAUGAUUCAAAAAGAGAUCGUUGGUAUGGUUAUUCAAAUGAACAAUGGUUGGAACUGAUAAAAUCUUGGAAUGAGAAAAAUAAUAAAUUAACUAGAAAACCUAUUUAUAAAAAUGAUGAUGAUUCUGAUGAUUCUGAUUAUGAUUUAGAAUUGAAUGAAUUAGGAUUACAAAAAUCAGAUAUAAUGCAAAAUGUAAAAGAAGAUCCAAUGGAAAAAAUGUUAAGAGAUAGACAAGAUAUUCCAGCAUAUAUUCAUAAUAUAAAUUCAAGAUUAUCAGAUAAAAUUAAAAUAGAAUAUGAUCCAAAAUCAAGAUUAGCAAAAGAUUUAACUAGAGGGUUUUUAAAUGAUAAAAAUCAAUUUAUUAAAAAAGUUGAAGGUGAUGCAAAAGAUUUAAAAAUUCUACAAAAUUUUGCAUGGGAUUUAGAUAAAAAGGACUUACAGAUUAAAAAAUUAAAACAAAUAGAGAAUCAAUAUAACAAUGAAAACUCCUAUUCAUAUGGUGAAGAUGAUGAAAAUAAAAAAGAAGAAAAAAUAGGUUCUGAUUUAAAUUUAAGUCUUGAAGCUAGUCCAACUUUAAUGAUGUUAAAAGCAAAUCAAGAAAAAGAAAAAGCAAAACAAAAAUCAAUUGUUAAGCGUAAAGCUAUAUUAAGUAUGUAUACUGAUACUGAAACUAAAUCAACAGAAGAUCAAAAAGCACCCAAAAAACAAAAGAUUGGUGAAUAA